AUUGUCUUUCUAAAAACAUACUACUUAAUUAUAAAUUCUCUUGUUUGAUCUCCCUUCUCUUUUCUGAAAAAAUCUUCGUUUCUGUUUUUCUUCAUCAUUCUCUUGUACGAGAACUAGGGUUUUUUUGGAUUCUGUUCAACUAAACGAAGCAAGUCGAAAUGGCUUCUGAGGUGUACGGAUUACGUUCUGUCGGUUACAAUACUAUGGAGAAUGAUCUCUUGGGGGAAAUGAAUUGAAUUAGGGGUGGCGGAGUGAUGAUAAGAGGUAGGAAUUAGGGGGUGAAGAUGACUGAUUUCCAACCAUUACAACAAAAAUCAGAAUCCACGAAUGAUCCGCAUAUGGAUUUCGAGCGUGGAUUGGAGGAGUUGAUGCGUGGCCAUUUGGAUGAUUGUAUGUCCUUUGGGUCAUGUAGUACGCCUCGCAAUCCGGAUGAUGAGGAUGACGAAAGGGAUCAGCUUGUGCGGAGGAGGAGGAGGUCGGAUCUUGAAGGUGAUGACUUGGCGGAGUCUUCGGCUGCUAGGCGGCGUCACUCAACCCGGAUUUUGAGCCGCUGGGCUGCCCGCCAAGCACAAGAGAUGAUAACAACGAUUGAAAGGAGGAAUCGUGAAUCGGAGCUUAUGGCUUUGGCAGGAUUGCAUACUGUUUCCAUGCUUGACUCAUCUUUCUUGAGGGAGUCUCAGUCUGCCACUUCUAGACGACAGGGGGCUAGUGAGAGACCUAGCACUCAGGCCUCUGCAAUUUUGCAAAUGUGGAGGGAGUUGGAGGAUGAGCAUUUGUUGAAUAGGGCUCGAGAAAGGGUCAGAGAAAGGUUAAGGCAACGAAAUAUAGAUCGUAAUACAAAUGAGUCUACAACAACCACGUCAGAGAGUCGGGGGAGUGAGAAUCCUGGUAGUGUUGGGGAUGUAAGUGAGAGUGAGAAUGAGUAUGGGAUUUGGUCACAAGAUCAGGGUGAGUCGCAGCAUGAACAUGAGGAUAAUAAUGUGUCUAGUAGGGAGCAGUCUCCUGAUCUUGGUGAUGUUGAGAGGGAGAGGGUGAGACAGAUUGUUCGGGGCUGGAUGGAGAGUGGCAUUAGUGAUCAUUCAUCUAAUGUCACCCAGAGAACUCGUAGUACUAGAGGAGAAUGGCUUGGUGAGACAGAGCGUGAAAGGGUCAGAAUUGUCCGGGAGUGGGUACAAAUGACAAGUCAGCAGCGAGGAGCACGUGUGAGACAGAGGGAGGACCAGGCAGCUGGACUUGAUGCACAAGUUGACCAAGUUCGUGAAGGCUCAAUUGUGGACCAUGAUGAAGGGCACCCAGAGAAUAUUCGCAGGGACUUGCUGAGGCUGCGUGGUAGACAGGCUAUAAUUGAUUUGCUUGUCAGAAUUGAGAGGGAAAGACAAAGGGAAUUAGAGGGUCUGUUGGAGCAUCGUGCUGUCUCUGAUUUUGCUCAUCGUAAUCGCAUUCAGUCAUUACUAAGAGGCAGAUUCUUGCGAAGUGAAAGACCGGCUGAAGAUGAGAGGCCGCCGUCCACGGCAGCAAGUGAAUUAAAUCAAUUAAGACAACGCCACACUGUGUCUGGUUUGAGGGACGGGUUCCGCAACAGAUUAGAGAAUAUUGUCCGUGGUCAAGCAAGCAGCAAUUCUGAUAGUACAUCUAACAAUAAUGUUAAUGAUUCUAGAAAUGAACGGUUGCAAACAAACCCUUUGCAGGAUAUCCAACAUGAAAACGAGCAUUCACAACCUACUGAAAAUGAUGUCUUGGGGUUGUCUGAUCAAACAGGCAGUUUGGAUAGCAAUGCAUCUGUUGAGAAUAUAAAUUGGCAAGAAAAUGCUAACCGUGGAGAAAAUUGGCAGGAAGAAACCAAUAAUAAUGAGAGCAGUAAUUUGCAACAGCCAAUUCAUGAUCUGUUUAACCAAUGGAGAGGCGGGAAUGCAGAAGAAAUGGUUACAAAUUGGCAAGAAACUUCAGUUAGUGGUUAUCACCAGGAUACUCCAGGAAAUGUUGGGGAAAGUCAUUCACAAGGAGCCCAGAGGGUUUGGCGUGAGGGUGGAUCCCAAGUAGCAGUUGAUACUUGGUCAGAAGGGCCUUCUGAUCCCCCUAGAGCCCGUCGUGGUGUUCCACUUAGAAGAUUCAACCAAUUUCAUCCACCUGAUGAUGAUAAUGUGUAUAGUAUGGAACUCAGAGAACUUCUUAGUAGGAGAAGUGUUUCUAAUCUUCUUCGAAGUGGUUUUCGUGAAAGCCUGGACCAAUUGAUACAAUCCUAUGUGCAAAGACAAGGUCGCGCUCCAGUGGACUGGGAUCUGCAUAGAAACUUGGCAACCCCAUCCUCACCAGAGCGAGAUCAGGAGCAGCCGAGGGGUGAAGCAAAUGGUGAUCAGAAUGAUGCCAUCAACAGACCUUCAAUGGUCUUGCCCUCCCCACCAGUACCACCACCACAGCCACUGUGGCAUCAGGAUUUACGUCAUGCUAGCUGGUCUAGGCAUAGCAUGCACCGUUCAGAAAUUGAAUGGGAGAUAAUAAAUGAUCUAAGAGCGGAUAUGACAAGACUUCAGCAAGGCAUGAGCCACAUGCAGAGGAUGUUGGAGGCCUGCAUGGAUAUGCAACUUGAGUUGCAGCGCUCUGUUAGGCAGGAAGUAUCUGCUGCUUUGAAUAGAUCAGCUGGUGAAAAAGGUUUCAGUGCAGAAACAUCUGAGGAUGGUUCUAAAUGGGGUCAUGUGAGAAAAGGGACCUGCUGUGUUUGUUGUGAUAGUCAUAUUGAUUCACUUCUGUACAGAUGUGGGCACAUGUGUACAUGUUCAAAAUGUGCAAAUGAAUUGGUCCGUGGUGGGGGAAAAUGCCCCUUAUGCCGGGCGCCAAUUGUUGAGGUAAUCCGAGCAUACUCAAUACUGUAAAGAGGUGAGAAAAACACAAUAAGGAUUGAACAGGAUAGGAAUGACCGGAAAGGUCCAACUCUAAGCCAACACCUGUUGAGGUUCCAAUCUACAGUGUUCAGUUGUUGCUGUUGUUUUUCUGGUUAUAUGAGUCCACCCUGCAGUAUAUAGUUGUAUAACAAUUGGCAUCAUUAAUUCUUAAUUCAUGCGUAAAUAAAAUAGCUUACAGAAAAUUCUUUCCAUUUUCUGCUGUCUUCAUCAUUAGGUACUGCGGAGUUUCUGUAAAAAAUUAGAAUAUGUUUGAAAUUUGUAUUUUAGAUAGUUUUGGUCUCAAUCAGGAUACCUAGGGCAGGGUAGUGAACUGCUUUAUGGGCUAGGCGGGCCCUUUGUUCGCAU